AUGUCCGCUCCCGUCAUCCCUCCUGGUGGCACCAUUGUGUCGUCCUUCAAGAAGUCUUUCGUCGAUGUCUCCAUUGACGAGGCCAAUGGCCGUGCCGUCGCCACCAGCGAGUUCCUCGAGGCCGCCGAGUCGCUAACCACCAUCUUUGAUGCUAUGGGGUCCGUCGCCUUCUCCCCUGUCAAGAACGACAUGCUCGGCAACAUCAAGAAAAUCCGCGAUCGCCAGCUCGCCUCCCCCAUCGAGUCCGAGAACAUCCAGGACCUCUGCCGCAACGAACUCAAGACCAAAAAGCACACCGCCACCGAGGGUCUCCUCUGGCUUGUCCGUGGUCUCGAGUUCACCUGCCUGGCCCUGACCGCCAACACGGCCAAGCCCGAAGAGGAGCUUGCCGACUCGUUCCGCGCCGCCUACGGCAGCACCCUCAAGCCUCACCACAGCUUCCUCGUCAAGCCCAUCUUCAGUGCCGCCAUGAGCGCCUGCCCCUACCGCAAAGACUUCUACGCCAAGCUCGGCGACGACAACUCCAAGGUCACCAGCGAUCUCCAGGUCUACCUCACUGCUCUCGCCAAGAUUGUCGGCAUUCUCAAGCAGUUCCUCGACAGCAAGGAGGCCAAGUGGUGA